AUGUCUUUUUCAGAAAAAUAUGUAGACAUAUUCCUACUUCUUUUGCUCAUGUUUUAUUUGUCCCUUGUUCAAUGCCCAUGCCACUUUUCAGUUUGUCUCGUGGGGCCUCAUAUUGCUUUUUUCGUUACAUUUUUUUAUUAUCUGAAACUAGUUUUCUUUUUUCGACUUCUCUCUUGUUUUUGUUUCUUUGAAUCUUUUUUCUCCUUAUUUUUCCUUUUCUAUUGUUUCUUCCUCUUUCAAUCUUUUUGUCUUUUUUCGCCUACUCUGUUUCUUUUUUCUUUCUCUCUUCUUUCUUUUUCUUUCAAUCUAUUGCUUGUUUUUCUUUCAACUUUUUUUUUCUUCUCUCUUGUUUCUUUUUCAUUUAAUCUUGUUUUCUUUUACUCCUUCUCUCUUGUUUCUUUUCAUUUAAAUCUUGUUUUUUUCUCCUUCUCUCUUGUUUCUUUUCGUUUAAAUCUUGUUUUCUUUUUGUCCUUCUCUUUUGUUUCUUUUUCUUUCAAUUUCGUUUUCUUUUUUCCUCCUCUCUUGUUUCUAUUACUUUACAUCUUGUUUUUCUCCUUCUCCGUUGUUUCUUUUUCUUUCAGACUUUUUUCUCUUUUCUCCUUCUCUCUUGUUACUUUUCAUUUAAAUCUUGUUGAUUUCUCCUUCUCUCUUGUUUCUUUUUCUUUCAAUCUUGUUUUCUUUUUGUCCUUCUCUUUUGUUUCUUUUUCUUUCAAAAUUGUUUUCUUUUUCUCCUUCUAUCUUAUUUCUUCUUCUUUCUAUCUUAUUUUUUCUUUCUUUCUUGUGUCUUUUUCUUUUAAUCUUGCUUUCUUUUUUCCUUUUCUCUUGUUUCUUUUUCUGUAA